GAUGUAACUAAACGGCGUCGUGUGGAGCGACAGAAACAUAUGGCUCAGUGACUCAUGAUAUUAUUCAUUUUCAAAUAUAUUUGCAUUUGAAAAACAAAAACCAAAACCUGUGAGACUGAAUCACUGAAUCUUCAUCAUCAAUGGAGAACAAGGUUCAGGAGAUACUGGAGAAGCAGGUGUUGACGGUGGUGAAGGCGGUUGAGGAUAAGAUCGAUGAUGAGAUCGCGGCAUUGGAUCGGCUCGACACUGACGAUAUAGAGGUGCUGAGGGAGCGGAGGCUCCAGCAGAUGAAGAAGAUGGCGGAGAAGCGUAGCCGUUGGAUCGCCCUCGGCCAUGGCGAUUACUCCGAGAUCCCUUCCGAGAAGGACUUCUUCACCGUCGUUAAGGCUAGCGAUCGCGUUGUCUGUCAUUUCUACCGCGAAAAUUGGCCUUGCAAGGUGAUGGACAAGCACUUGAGUAUAUUAUCAAAGCAGCAUAUAGAGACUCGUUUUGUGAAAAUAAAUGCUGAGAAAAGCCCAUUCUUGUCCGAGAAGUUAAAGAUAGUUGUUCUGCCAACACUCGCCCUCAUAAAGAACACCAAAGUGGAUGAUUAUGUGGUGGGAUUUGAUGAGCUUGGUGGAACAGAUGGGUUCAGCACAGAUGAACUAGAAGAGAGGUUGGCGAAAUCCAAAGUAAUCUUUUUUGAAGGUGAAUCAUCGCAUAAUUCAUCUAAGUCUACGAGGAGGAGUGUUCGGCAGAGUACAAACCCAGAUUCAUCAGAUUCAGAGUAAACUAUUAUAUUGAUUAAAUGCUAUACAUUUUCACUCGAUGAAGGAAUGAUACAAGAUAAUGUUAUUGCAAGUUUUGGGUUGAUGUUAUCAAAAUGGUGUGAAGUUUUGUAUUUGAGUUAUCUUUUCUAGCUUUCUCAUAAUGAGUAUUAUUUGCUAAUUUAAUUGACACACUAGUCUAUAUUGUGGAAUUAACCGAUGUGUUGAGAUUUAAACUUCUAUGUUCUUUGCAUUGGGAUGAAA